GCGGUCUCCAUUGUCGGAGAAGGAGGCAAUCCCCUUUGGAGUUGCCAGUAACGGACAUGGCCGCGGCCCCUGGAGGAGGGGACGUGAAGUGAGGAGGGGGCAGGGAGGGGAGAGGACGCGGGCGAGGAAGACCGGUCCCCGGGCCCCGGAUGUCACAGUAACGGACAGAGUCACUGGGGUGCGUACAUGUUGCAAAGGAACCUUCCUUUCGGGGGUGACCACCUUCCUCUGGGCAUGCCUGCAGUGCCCUGGGCCCAUGGACCUGAAGGAGAAGCACGAGGGCGAGCCGCCCUUGGCCCUGGGCCUGUCCACCCGGAAGGCCCUCAGCAUUCUGAAGGAGCAGCUGGAGGCAGUGCUGGAUGGACACCUGAAGGAGCGGAAGAAAUGUCUCACGUGGAAGGAGAUGUGGAGAAACAGCUUCCUGUACCACGGGAACCGCUGCUCCUGUUUCCACUGGCCGGGCGCCUCGCUCAUGCUCCUGGCUGUGCUCCUGUUGCUGGCUUGCUGCGGGGGCCAGCCGGCUGGCAGCCGCGGGGUGGAGCUGGUGAACGCCUCGGCGCUCUUCCUCCUGCUGCUCCUCAACCUCGUCCUCAUUGGGCGGCAAGAUCGGCUGAAGCGUCGGGAGGUAGAGCGGAGACUGCGGGGCGUCAUUGACCAAAUCCAAGAUGCCCUCAGGGAUGGCAAGGAGGUCAAGUGGCCAGAUGCCAUGUACCCAGACCUCCACAUGCCCUUCACACCAUCCUGGUCUCUGCACUGGGCCUACAGAGACGGACAUCUCGUCAACCUGCCGGUUAGCCUGCUGGUAGAAGGAGACAUCAUAGCUCUGAGGCCCGGCCAGGAAUCCUUUGCUUCCCUGCGGGGCAUCAAGGACGACGAGCACAUUGUCUUGGAGCCGGGAGAUCUGUUCCCCCCUUUCUCGCCACCCCCAUCCCCCCGGGGAGAAGUGAAGAAAGGGCCGCAAAACCCCCAGCAGCACCGGCUCUUCCGUGUCCUCGAGACCCCCGUGAUCGACAACAUCAGGUGGUGCCUGGACAUGGCCCUGUCCCGCCCGGUGACCGCCCUGGACAACGAGAGGUUCACGGUGCAGUCGGUGAUGCUGCGCUACGCGGUGCCCGUGGUCCUGGCCAGCUUCCUCAUCACCAACGCCCUGCGCUUCAUGCUGAAAGCCCCGGGUAUCACCACCUGGCAGUACACCCUCCUCCAGCUGCAGGUGAAUGGUGUCCUGCCCAUCCUCCCCCUGCUCUUCCCGGUCCUCUGGGUCCUGGCAACCGCCUGUGGAGAAGCCCGCGUCCUGGCCCAGAUGAGCAAGGCCUCCCCCAGCUCCCUGCUCGCCAAGUUCUCGGAGGACACUCUAAGCAGCUAUACGGAAGCCGUGUCCUCUCAGGAGAUGCUGCGCUGCAUUUGGGGCCACUUCCUGCGGGUGAUCCAGGGGACGUCGCCCACUCUGAGCCACAGCUCCAGCCUGCUGCACAGCCUGGGCUCCGUGACGGUGCUGUGCUGUGUGGACAAACAGGGGAUCCUGUCGUGGCCCAACCCCAGCCCGGAGACUGUGCUGUUCUUCAGCGGGAAGGUGGAGCCCGCGCACAGCAGCCACGAGGACCUCACGGACGACCUGUCCACCCGCUCCUUCUGCCAUCCCGAGGUGGAGGAGGAGCCCCACGAACGCGACGCCCUCCUGGCCGGCUCCCUGAACGCUCCCCUGCACCUUUCCAACGAGCAGGAACGUGGCGGCAACUGGCCGGGUGACGGUCCCAAGGUGCCCGAACCCCACCCUCACCACCGGGUACACGGCCGCAACAAACACCUGUCUGGCUCCAGCGUGAGCUUCAGCAGGGACACGGAGGGCGGCGAAGAUGACGACCCCGGCAAGACCCAGCACGGCCCGGAGGGCGAGCCCUACGAAGCUGAGGACUUCGUGUGUGACUACCACCUAGAGAUGCUCAGCCUGUCCCAGGACCAGCAGAACCCCUCCUGCAUCCAGUUCGACGACUCCAACUGGCAGCUGCACCUCACCUCGCUCAAGCCGCUGGGCCUCAACGUGCUGCUGAACCUGUGCGACGCCAGCGUCACUGAGCGGCUCUGCCGGUUCUCAGACCAUCUGUGCAACGUCGCCCUGCAGGAGAGCCGCAGCGCCGUGCUGCCCGUGCGCGUGCCCUGGGGCCUCUGCGAGCUCGCCCGCCUCAUCGGCUUCACUCCCGGGGCAAAGGAGCUCUUUAAGCAGGGGAACCACCUCGCACUCUACCGUCUCCCCAGCGCCGAGACCAUGAAGGAGACCUCACUGGGGAGGCUGUCCUGCGUCACCAAGCGGCGGCCCCCGCUCAGCCACAUGAUCAGCCUCUUCAUCAAGGACACCACCACCAGCACAGAGCAGAUGCUGUCCCAUGGCACGGCUGAUGUGGUCUUGGAAGCCUGCACAGACUUCUGGGACGGAGCUGACAUCUACCCUCUUUCAGGUUCCGACAGAAAGAAAGUGCUGGAUUUCUACCAGCGAGCCUGUCUGUCUGGUUACUGCUCUGCCUUCGCCUACAAGCCCAUGAGUUGUGCCCUAUCCUCCCAGCUCAACGGCAAGUGCAUCGAGCUGGUGCAGGCGCCCGGCCAGAACAGCAUCUUCACCAUGUGCGAGCUGCCUAGCACCAUUCCCAUCAAGCUGAGCGCCCGCCGCGGCAGCUGGAGCUCAGACGAAGGGAUCGGGGAGGUGCUGGAGAAGGAAGACUGCAUGCAGGCCCUGAGCGGCCAGAUCUUCAUGGGCAUGGUGUCCUCCCAGUACCAGGCCCGCCUGGACAUCGUGCGCCUCAUCGACGGGCUGGUCAACGCCUGCAUCCGCUUUGUCUACUUCUCGUUGGAGGAUGAGCUCAGAAGCAAGGUGUUUGCGGAGAAGAUGGGCCUGGAGACUGGCUGGAAUUGCCACAUCUCCCUCACGCCCAACGGUGACAUGCCUGGCUCCGAGAUCCCCCCCUCCAGUCCCAGCCACGCUGGCUCCCUGCACGACGACCUGAACCAGGCAUCCCGAGACGACGUGGAAGGACUCCUUCUAAUGGAGGAGGAGGGUCACUCGGACCUCAUUAGCUUCCAGCCCACGGACAGCGACCUCCCCAGCUUCCUGGAGGACUGCAACCGGGCCAAGCUGCCCCGGGGCAUCCACCAGGUGCGGCCCCACCUGCAGAACAUCGACAACGUGCCCCUGCUGGUGCCCCUCUUCACCGACUGUACCCCCGAGACCAUGUGUGAGAUGAUCAAGAUCAUGCAGGAGUAUGGGGAAGUGACCUGCUGCCUGGGCAGCUCCGCCAACCUGCGGAACAGCUGCCUGUUCCUCCAGAGCGAUGUCAGCAUCGCCCUGGACCCCCUGUACCCGUCCCGUUGCUCCUGGGAGACCUUCGGCUACGCCACCAGCACCAGCAUGGCCCAGGCCUCGGAUGGCCUUUCCCCCCUGCAGCUCUCGGGGCAGCUCAACAGCCUGCCCUGCUCGCUGACCUUCCGCCAGGAGGAGACCAUCAGCAUCAUCCGGCUCAUUGAGCAGGCCCGGCACGCCACCUACGGCAUCCGCAAGUGCUUCCUCUUCCUGCUGCAGUGCCAGCUGACACUUGUGGUCAUCCAGUUCCUCUCUUGCCUCGUCCAGCUGCCGCCAGUCCUGAGCACCACCGACAUCCUGUGGCUGUCCUGCUUUUGCUACCCUCUGCUCAGCAUCUCUCUGCUGGGGAAGCCCCCACAUAGCUCCAUCAUGUCUAUGGCAACGGGGAAGAACCUCCAGUCCAUUCCUAAGAAGACCCAGCACUACUUCCUGCUCUGCUUCUUGCUGAAGUUCAGCCUCACCAUCAGCUCGUGCCUCAUCUGUUUUGCCUUCACACUGCAGAACUUCUGCGAUAGGUCCCGGGCCCGCAACCUCACUGACUGCUCCUCCAUCAUGCUGCCCAGCCACGCCGACAGGGCCCCAGCCUGGUUUGAGGACUUCGCCAACGGGCUGCUGUCGGCUCAGAAGCUCGCCGCCGCCCUGAUCGUCCUACACACUGUCUUCAUCUCCAUCACCCACGUACACCGCACCAAGCCCCUGUGGAGGAAGAGCCCCCUGACGAACCUGUGGUGGGCCGUGACCGUGCCCGUGGUGCUGCUGGGGCAGGUGGCCCAGACGGCAGUGGACCUGCAGCUGUGGACACACAGGGACAGCCGCGUCCACUUCGGCCUGGAGGACGUGCCUCUGCUGACGUGGCUCCUGGGCUGCCUGUCCCUGGUCCUCGUGGUGGUCACCAACGAGGUCGUGAAGCUGCAUGAGAUCCGGGUCCGCGUCCGCUAUCAGAAGCGACAGAAGCUGCAGUUUGAAACUAAGCUGGGCAUGAACUCUCCCUUCUGAGCCUCUGGCCGUGGCGGCCAUAGUUGCCGUGGUCCCUGGGGCUGAAGCCACACCCGUUCUGCGUCUGGGGAGUUGAUAUCAUGAAUGUUUCAGGGUUUGCUCUUGUGCUGCGUGGCCCUGGAGGCCCAGCUCCCGGUGUCAGACCCGGCUGUGGUCCCCAUCCCGGGGCUUCCCACGGAGACGCAGAGCUGCAGCCUCGGUCCAGAACCGUCUGGCUCUUCCUCGCCAGGGGGAGACCCCUGGGCUCUUGAAUGUAUGACCUCGUGUGCUUAGCAGAGGGGCCCUCAGCCCCCUCCACCUGUGGGCUGCCCCCCUCCAGGGCCCCCUGACUGAGUGCCGCCUGGUCUUUGGGCAGAGCCGUGGACCGUGGGGCCCCUGGUGGGAGGGCAGUCCUGGGACGUGCCAGCGGUCCUCCAUGGCGCCGCUGGAGGCCGGGGUGGCGGGGCGCCCUCCCAGGGCCCCCCUCGUCCUGUCUUCCUGGGGCAGAGCCCACUCCUCCUCUGUGGGAGGCCUCACGCUAGGGCCUGAAGACAGAGCUGAGGCCCCUGCCUGGCCCGAGAACGUCCUCCCAGGCUGCCCUCGGGCAGGCCGUGGAGCCAGUCCCGGGGGCGCAGCCUGGGACCUCCUUGCAGCCUCAACCCCAGUUACCCUGUGAGAAUGUUUUUACUGGUGUAUAUUUUUUACUGGAAAUGAGCCUUUUGGGAAUGAAUACAGACUGGUUUGUAUUAAAACUUAUAAACUGCUGAAGCAAAA